CCAAAACUUGGACAAAUCUCGUCUCUUGGAGCAGUUGGAUGAGGAUAUACAGGAGCUCAACCAGUUGAAGCAGAAGAUCAAACAGCUGGAAGAGAAAAAAGAGAAUAAGGAACAGCAACUACAAGAGUUGGAGAAGGCAGCGACUCAAGUGCCAAAUGUGCUUGUGAAUGCAACAUACAGAGAAUAUCGUCAAUACGACCUCGCAUAUGAUCGUGUGAAGCAGUUCUACAAAGAGCAGCAUGAGUUCCAAACGGUAGCGUACAAUAUACAGGCUCGAAUUAACUUCAAAACCAAGAUACGAGACAGGAUGACCAUAUGGGACGCCCUGCUAAAACUCAACCACUUGUUGGACGAGAGCGAUCCCGAUACCGAGUUAUCACAAAUAGAACACGCGCUUCAGACAGCAGAGGCGAUAAGAAAAGACAAUAAACCGCGAUGGUUCCAACUCGUCGGCCUAAUCCACGAUCUUGGGAAACUGCUGUAUUUCUAUGACUCGAAAGGCCAGUGGGACGUGGUGGGUGACACGUUCCCUGUUGGAUGUCGAUUUUCGACCAAGAUAAUACACUACGAGUUCUUCAAAGCGAAUCCAGAUUACAACAAUCCGCUCUACAACACAAAAUACGGUAUUUAUUCUCCUCAUUGUGGUCUUGAGAAUGUCAUGCUAAGCUGGGGACACGAUGAGUACAUGUAUCAUCUAGCCAAGGAACAGAGCUGUCUGCCCCCACAAGCGCUUGCGAUGAUCAGAUAUCACUCUUUCUAUCCAUGGCACCAGGAAGGUGCGUACAAAUACUUAAUGAACGAGCAUGACGAAGAGAUGCUCCGGGCUGUCAAAGAAUUCAAUCCUUACGACCUUUACUCAAAGACGGACAAGAAAUGCGACAUCGACGAGGUCAAAGACUACUAUCUCGAACUGAUUGAUGAGUUUUUCCCGAAAAAAGUUAUUGAUUUUUAGCUUUAAAAAUUCGAAAUAUCCUACUUUAAUUGCGCAUAAUUAAUUACUCCAGAAUAUCGAUCACUCCGAAGUAUUGUUCAAUUCCAUAAGGGCCUGGGUCUUUCCAGAAAUCGUUGUAGGUGGUCAGGAUAGUCACAUCGGGACCGAAAUCCUCGAGGAUCUUCUUGAUGGCUGUCUUCUGGUUUUCUGGAGAAGGUAUGUUGCCUCCAUUUUGUUUUCCUUGACUUGGAUAACCGGUUUCCACAACCUUGACAUCCAUGUUUGGACAAGCCUUUUGAGUCACUUUAACCUGGUCGGUAAGGAAUGUUCCAGCGUCUGCUGCACUGAUGUACUGAUCGAAGUAGGCGUGAGCGUUGAUACCGACAAAGUCGAUGUUGGAGCUUGUGCACAGGUCAGGGUAGCUUUCGUACGUGCUAGGUGGCUCGGCGGUUGUGACCUUUCCCGUGUAUCCACCACUUUGCAGCUGUGAUUUGACAGAGUUGAUUUUGUCAAUCAGGUCGUUGACGGUAGCGUAGCCGUUGCUGAUAACCUCGUUACCAACGCUGAAGAAAGAGAAAAGAUCCCAGUCAAAUCCAGACGAAGAGUCCUGGACGGCUUGGAUUAGCUCUGUAACAGCAUCGUCAAUGGAGUCCACGCCGGCGGAGCUGAUGUAGAAGCCCUGGUCGACUUUGAUUCCUUUCUUUGCGCAGAUGGGGAGCACAGUUGUGAGAUAGUUGCAAUCGUUUCCGUAAAUUCUGACCUCGCCAAUUCCCUUGGACUGGAUCAGAGACAGGUCGCUUUCAACGGUAUCGUAGUCUUUGCAGGAUCCUGAGUCGGUGUAUGGAGAAUAGACAAUUGCAGAAGGAGUCACGGUAGAAGCUGCCGACGAUGAAGAAGUCGAAGAUGAAACGGACGAGGUUGUCGAACUUGCUGUCGAGCUUGCUGUCGAGCUUGAGGAUGAAGUUGUCGUAGACGAAGAAGACGACGAAGACGAUGACUCGGUGGUUGAGCUGGCAGCUUCGGUCGAGGAGGAGGUCUGCUGAGUGGAAGAUGAAGUUUCACUCAACGAGGCCUGGGUGGUCGAGCUGGAGGCCUCGGCUGCUGGAGAUGGAGACGUGGCGCUAGAGUCAUCGGUGGUGGUCACAGAGGAGCUUGAGCUAGUCGAGCUCGAGCUGGUAGAUGUGUUUUCGACAUUGACAGAUCCAACAAGAUCGAGCUCCUCGGAAGUGGUAGUGCUGGAUGCCUCAGUGGUAGCUUCAGUGGUAGCUGGGGCUGACGAGCUGCUAGAUGAUACAGAGGUGAGGGACACAGACACAGAUGAAUCCUGGCUCGAACUCGUAGAGGUGCUAGAAAUGCUGGUGUCAGUCGGCACCGGAUUACUGGUCUGUGUCUCACUAGCCACUGAGUCGCUAGUCAGGCUGGCAACCGUCGUUGGGUCUUUGGCAACCACAGUGGUAGUUGGCUGAACAGCAUCGAUAUCGCUUCCGGAAGCAAUGGUGAGAAGAGUCUUGGUGUAGGUCACACCGUUGGAAAUAAGAACCUCAACGAUUGGGAUGGUGGACGUCACCGUAUAGUAGUUAUUCUGUGUAGUGGUCACGGCAUCUGCUGUGUGCAUUCUGGUGAUCACCUUGGCCAUUGGCACCGGUGCAGCCUGCAAAGCAGCAAGAAAGGUUAAAAGAGCGACUGAAAAACGCAUAUAGU